AUGGCGACAGGUAACAAUGGCGAACAGUCCGGCAUCGUGAAAGCCGAAAAUGAUGACGCCAAAGAACCAACGGUUAUCGCCAAAAUUAACUUCCCGGAUUUUGAUCCCGAUGACAUUGAGACCUGGUUCAUAUGUCUCGAAGCAGCAUUUAGCGUGAAUUCUAUUAAAAACGAUAAAUUCAAGUUUAAUGCAGUGAUUGUUGCUCUCGGCUCGCGCGCUAAAUUCGUACAUUCCGUUAUAGCAAGGUGCAAUGAAGCCAACGCUAACGAUAGGUAUGAUGUCCUCAAAUCUGCCGUAAUAGCACAUUUCCGACCGUCGGAAACGUUACGUUUGACCAGCCUCCUAUCAGGAAUAUCGCUGGGAGACCAAAAGCCGAGCGUCCUUCUAUCUGAGAUGCGCCGCUUGGGCGGAGCUGGUUGCACCGACAAUGUGCUCUCGAAUCUGUGGCUGCGAGCCCUUCCCAACACAGCUCGAUCCAUAAUCGCUGCCAUGCCUACGGCCACACUCGACGAGCAAGCAAAAGUAGCUGACAAAAUUUUAGAAGCGCCUCGUGAGCAAAUCUCUGCUGUACAGCCAUUCGAAGCACCAACCACAUCGUCAAUCGAGCAGAAAAUCGAAGCCCUUUCGCGCCGCCUGGAUGAAGCACUAUCAGGAAAUUUUCGUGGACGAGAUCGACACAAUAGCCGUCCGCGCACUCGUUCAUUCAGUCGACGCGAUGGAACACCAGCAAGAAGUAAGACGCCACGUCGAUGGAUUUGCUGGUUUCACUAUCGUCACGGUGCGCAAGCUCGAAAGUGCGAGAAGAAUAAAGGUCUACACACGACCGAGAGAAGAUUAGAGCAAGACGCCAAUAAGAAUAAACCACCCGCAUCUAUCAGCGAACCCAUCCUCGACCUGAAGACCAGCAGUAUCCCGAGCAAAUCAGCAAACGUCCAGCGAAUUCACAUACACGACCUGAAAACGUCAAAUCGAUACCUCAUCGACACCGGAGCAGAUAUAUCUGUCAUACCACCCUCAGCAAGAGAACGUCUCAACCCAACUGCAUCACACCAGCUUUUCGCCGCUAAUGGUACCGCCAUUCAGACAUACGGCACCAAACGUCUAACCGUAGAACUUGGCCUACGAAGACCAUUCGUAUGGGUUUUCGUCAUCGCUGAUGUGAAAUCGCCUAUCAUUGGUGCGGAUUUUCUAAAACACUACGAUCUACUCGUGGAUCUACGGAGAAACAAGUUGAUCGAUAACACUACCCGAUUGGAAAUUGAAAACAUCAAUGCAUCAUCGGAACCAACUAUCACCACGUUCGACACGAAUUCACCUUUCGCCGAGAUUCUCGCAGAAUAUCAAGAUAUCACUAUCCUGAAUAUAAAGCACAAACCAACAACAGCAAGCACCGUGCACCAGAUCAUCACUACCGGCCAACCUGUAUUUUGCCGACCGCGCCGGCUACCUUUGGAUAAACUGAAGGAAGCAAAGGCUGAGUUCCAGUUCCUCAUUGAACAGGGGAUUUGUCAACCCUCAAAAAGCAGCUGGGCCAGCCCGCUGCAUUUAGUUAAAAAAUCAAAUGGCAAGUGGCGACCAUGUGGUGAUUACCGCAAUCUGAAUGCCAUCACUGUUCCAGAUCGGUACCCCGUGCCAUACAUUCAAGAUUUUUCUAGCAUCUUACACGGUAAGCAAAUAUUCUCGUGCAUAGAUUUACAGCGUGCAUACCACCAAAUCCCAGUUGCGCCAGAUGAUAUUCCGAAGACAGCAAUCACAACCCCUUUUGGGCUUUUUGAGUUUAAAUAUAUGACCUUCGGAUUGCGCAAUGCAGGUCAAACUCUCCAAAGGCAUCUACACGCCAUAUUAGGUGACCUUGAUUUUGUUUAUCCCUACAUCGACGACCUGUGCAUAGCAUCAGAUAACGUGGACCAACACAAGCAACAUCUUCGUACGGUGUUCGAGCGAUUGAGACAAAAUGGACUUGUCAUCAAUGCAGCAAAAUGCCAGAUUGGCAAACCUACCGUUGAGUUUCUGGGCCAUCUAAUUACGCCGGAGGGAAUCAAGCCGACACCCAGCAAAGUGCAAGCCAUCCUGGAUUUUCCGAGACCAACAAUCGCCAAGCAGCUAAAAAGAUUCCUCGGUACAAUUAAUUUUUAUAGACGCUUUAUCCCACGAGCAGCAGUAAAUCAGCAAAUUCUGCAGGCAAUGAUCGCUGGAAAUACUCGCAACGACACCACCAUCCUUGUGUGGGACGAAGCAGCAAACACAACAUUCGAACAAUGCAAGCAGGAUUUAGCAAAUGCAACCCUUCUUGCUCAUCCUUCUUCAGAAGCAAAACUAGCCCUGGACGUCGACGCUUCGGGCACAGCCAUCGGGGCAGUUUUACACCAGAUCACGAAAAAUGGCCCUGAACCCCUUGCUUUCUUUUCUCGCAAGUUGAAUGAGAGCCAACGGAAAGCCAGCACCUACGACAGAGAGCUGAUUGCAAUGUAUGAAGCCAUCAAACAUUUUCGAGACACAAUACAAGCCCGUGAAGUGUGUGUCUACACAGAUCAUAAGCCACUUAUCACCGCUUUUCAUCAGCGCCCUGAGAAGGCAAGCCCAACACAACAACGCCGACUCAGCUUUAUUAGUGAGUAUACCACAGACAUUAGGCAUGUAUCUGGCGAAGCAAAUAAAGUCGCCGACAUGCUAAGUCGCAUUGACUCUAUCACCACUACGGAAGCGAUCGAUUACGAUCGUAUGGCUGAGCUCCAGAAAUCUGAUCCCGAGCUGAAGGAAUUUUUACUCAAUCCACCAAGCAACACAUCGGUAAAGCUGAAGUUACUGAAAUCAGCAUUAGCAUCCACACCAAUACACUGCGACGUCUCCACGGAAGCCAUCCGCCCGUUCGUGCCGAAGGAUUUUCGACGGAGAAUUUUGGCCAAACUGCAUGGUAUAUCGCACCCUGGAAUUCGUGCUACUACUCGCAUCGUCUCGGAUCGAUUCAUUUGGCCUUCGCUUCGCCGUGACUGCAAGCAGUUCGUCACUCAUUGUAUUCCUUGCCAAAAAACAAAAAUUCAACGGCACAACAGAACACCGAUAUCCAGAAUAAUCGUGCCAGAUACCCGUUUCACACACAUCCAUAUGGAUCUCAUCGGUCCCCUUCCACCGUCGGAACAAAAUAUGUAUUGUCUCACGAUCAUCGAUAAAUUCACACGAUGGCCUGAGAUAGUACCACUACCGAACAUGACAGCUCUCACAGUAGCUCGUGCCUUUAUCAACGUUUGGAUCGCACGGUUCGGUGUCCCGACAAAUGUGACUACUGAUUGUGGUAGGCAGUUCGAAUCAGAACUGUUUCGCACACUAACAAGGAUGCUCGGAAUUACACAUUUACGUACAACGCCUUAUCACCCGCAGGCAAACGGUCAAAUUGAGCGAACACACCGUCAGCUCAAAUCAUCGAUCAUGUGCCAUCAACAUUCUCGUUGGACCGAAAUUCUUCCCAUCGUACUUCUUGGGAUCCGGUCGUCGCUGAAGGAGGAUCUGCAAGCAACAGCCGCUGAGCUUACAUACGGUACAUCACUGAGACUGCCAGGUGAAUUCUUCAUCUCCGACAGCUGUAAAAAACCAACGCCAGAGUUUGUCACCGACCUGAAGGCAACGAUGUCAAAACUACGACCAACGCAAACCACCAACCACUCCAACCAGAACGCCUUCGUACAAAAGCACUUGUCUACAUGCAGCCAUGUCUUUGUGAAGGUGGGAGCUAUCAAACCACCCCUUACACAACCCUAUGAUGGACCAUAUCGGGUGAUUCGCCGAAGGAAAAAAGUUUUCAUAGUGGAUGUAAACGGUAAGUCCACUGUGAUAUCGAUCGAUCGUUUGAAAGCUGCCUUCACACAAGCCGACGAACAUCACCUCGAUACAAACCAGCCAGAGCCAACAGUAGAGCAGACUGCCUACACAACACGUUCAGGACGUAGAGUGAGAAUCCCCCGCCGGUAUUGGUAA